GCAGCGACUCGCCCAAGCCCAACCAGCUUUCCCCGGGAAUCACUGUAGGGCUGGGUGCUGGCAUCUCCCUGCACCAUCCUGUGUCCCAUCGGGGCAGGCCCGAGUCCAGCAAGAGCCGCCGCAUCACGCACAUCUCCGCUGAGCAGAAGAGACGCUUCAACAUCAAGCUGGGCUUUGACACACUGCACAGCCUGGUGAGCACGCUGAGUGCCCAGCCCAGCAUCAAGGUCAGCAAGGCCACCAUCUUGCAGAAGACAGCUGAAUACAUCUGCAAGCUGCAGCAGGAGCGAGCAGCCCUGCAGGACGAGGCACAGCGAUUGCGGGAGCAGAUCGAGGCACUCAAUGGCUCCAUCAACUUGUGCCAGGAGCAGCUGCCAGCCACGGGGGUGCCCAUCACGCGCCAGCGCUUCGACCAGAUGCGCAGCAUGUUCGAUGAGUACGUCCGUUCUUCCACGCUGCAGAACUGGAAGUUCUGGAUCUUCAGUAUCAUCAUCCGGCCCCUCUUUGAGUCUUUCAAUGGCAUGGUUUCCACAGCCAGCAUGGAGAGCCUCACCCAGACAUCUCUCGCCUGGCUGGACCAGCACUGCUCUCUCCCAGCACUUCGGCCAA